AUGAGUAAUAUACCUGUAAAAUUAUUGAAUGAAGCUCAGGGACAUGUUGUCUCUUUAGAAUUGAGUUCUGGAGAAACGUAUAGAGGUAAAUUGGUAGAGAGUGAAGACAAUAUGAACAUACGAAUGAAGGACGUUACAAUAACAGGUAGAGAUCAAGGUGAAGUAUCGAGAAUGGAUGAAGUAUAUGUUAGAGGUUCUCAAAUCAGGUUUUUCGUGCUCCCAGAAAUGUUGAAAAAUGCACCUCUCUUUAAGAAUAAUACCAGGCAAUCUAAACCCGUACCACCUAUUAGAGGUCCUAGGAAAGCAGUCGGUAGAGGAUAG